AUGCAUCCUAGCAAAAGGCUCUGUGCGCCUAUCUACUUUGAACCUCAAAUAAUAAGAAAUUCUGCUUUAAAGAAGCUUGAUGCACUAGAGAAUCUCAAACUGAGUCAACAAUGGGUUGAUAAUUCUAUAUACUUGAAUGAGGAUGGCACUUUCUCACAUCAGGUUCUUGAAGAAAGAUCCGUUCAAUUUUAUACACAGAAAGCUUCUCUACUUAUUGCUAAACUCUUUUCGUCACUAGGAUCAAAGGACUUAAAAGAAGCACCGAGACUACAAGAACAAAGAAUACGCAAUGCUCGACGUCAACUGCUGGUCUCGCUUCUUGCGCACGCGUGGCUAUGGGGAAGGCCUAAAGUGUUAGAUAAUAAAGGCAAUUCCGUCGCUUAUAAAGAAAGGAGAGUACUUGCCCCCCAGGAUAUUCUGAAUUUCUUUGCCGAGGUUCGAGCUCACAAGGCAAGUUAUACAUAUAAAGAAAUACAGCACUUUCUGGAUAAACGCAUACAAGAGGUUGCUUUACAUAAGGAUACAUCUAAGUGGAAUGUAACAGGGGUUGUUGCAUGUCUGAGGUGGGAUAAAUCCCAUAACUUACACAAUGGGGGCCCAUGGUGCUCUUGUCGGCUCGAGAAGAAACCCCCACCACCUUAUCAAGAAGUUCCCCUAAACAGCGGUUCGGCAUGGUCCGUCGACCUAGACCCUGACGACUUGAAGAAAAUGAAGUCAGAUGUAGCGGAGGAGUUCCACCUCUAG